UUUUUCGAGGCUUGUUUGUUGGUUUCGCCGGUCUUUAUAAAAACUAAAGAAAAACCGUUUUGGCGGUAAAUAAUUCACAAAAAUGACUAUUGGAAAGAAUAAUAAAAUGAUUCAGCACCUGAAUUAUCGGGUGCGAAUCGUAUUACAAGAUUCUCGUACGUUCAUUGGAACUUUUAAGGCUUUCGACAAGCAUAUGAACCUCAUAUUGGGUGACUGUGAGGAAUUUCGUAAGAUCAGAUCUAAAAAUUCAAAAGUUCCGGAACGUGAGGAAAAACGUGUCUUGGGAUUUGUCCUGUUGCGCGGUGAGAAUAUUGUAUCACUGACAGUAGAAGGACCACCGCCUCCCGAAGAGGGACUUCCACGUGUGCCAAUACCUGGAGCAGCUCCGGGUCCAGGAAUUGGUCGUGUAGCUGGACGAGGUGUACCAAUGAAUAUAUCAGCGGUACCAGCCGGAUUGCAGGGACCUGUUAGAGGAGUUGGAGGUCCCGCUCAGCAACAUAUGGCGCCAAUGGGGCGAGGUGUGCCACGGGCUCCAAUGAUGGGAGCACCACCACCGGGAAUGAUUCCCGGUGGCAUUCCCACCAUGCCUGGGGGACUUGGCCGUGGGGCACCGCCACCAAUGAGAGGACCACCACCAAGCAUGAUGCGGGGCGCUCCACCGCCAGGAAGGGGUGGCUAUUAAAAACAAUCUUUCUACAUAUACAUAUAUUAAGGAAAUAAAAAAUUCACUUUAUAAAUUA